CUGUGUGGUGUAAGCCUAAUUUGUUGUCAUUGGUACGGAUGUUACUCAUUUGUCGGGUCCUCAUGUUUCAGGAUGGGCCUUCCGUCAUCAAUUGGACUUCAGUGGGGCAUCCGUUAGACCGUCAGUUGUAGAUCGGUCGUAGCCUGUGCAGGAACAUUCGUGAAACAGUGGAAUUAAUCAAAACAAAUAAGUUAACAAUGCCGUGCUAAGCUGCCAUUAUCGAUAGAAAGUCAAACUGCUGUUCUCUGGUUUUUUUACCACAGAUAUCAUGUUACCCACUAGCUACUGCGUUUUGCAGCUCGUGCUGAUAACGAUUAUUUUGAUGCAACGGAGCAAUGCAUGGUCGAUCAGCAACAUAGAUAAAUCAGCCGAAGAACUGUACAAUCAAUUUUCUCGUCUUCGCAGCGAAAAUCGAACGGACACGAAUGACGCAUUGACCAUGGCAUAUCACGUCAAACAGGUGCUGGAUGCACCACCGACCAGCAACGGUCGCCUUAGCAAAGUGUGGCGAUCCAAGAUGGAACAAGUACGCGACAAAUGGCUACCAGCUCGACUAAAAGUCCUUCUCUGGAAGGAGACGGUCAUCAUUGAAAACGCCAAGAGCCCCAAAUAUUAUCUGUUUGGUUCACCGACGGCCGUCUACUACACAUCCUGGAUCUAUCGCUAUUCAUUUCCCUGGACGUUGGAGCCCGUCGACGAAGCAAGACGUUUCCGUAUUAAAGAUGGCAGGACUAAUCUCUACAUGAGUGCCGUCACUGAUGAGGAAUCCUAUUCUUGGAGACGACCCAUUGCCAUGAGACCGGAACCUUUGGGCUCGGCUGAAGAAUGGCGGAUUGAGCCGUACGGUGCUGAAGGGUUCACUAUUCAGAGCGUCGCUUACGAAGAAUACCUGUACGCCUCGAAAUUUUUAGGACGUUACAAAGGCUCACUUUGGGACGUGUACACUUGGAGAGAUAAGCGAGAUGGGAAAUUCACUGAAAGUGUAUGGACUUUUAGGUGAAGAAUCCACGUUCAUUUUAUAAGUAUGGCGCAGGCCUGCUUAUGAUGACACACACUGCCCGGCAGAACCUUUAGUUAAAAAAAAAAACGUGAAAGUAUGGAUAAAAUAAUCUUUUCCUGCGUCAAAAGCAAAUUUACCUCUUGCUUGUAGCAGAAAGCAACGAUGAAGCACCAAAGUCAGGACAAAUUACAAGUCAAUCGGCUAUUGCAUGCUCGCUUUAAACAGCUAUUCAGAAAAAAGUACGCUUCGUUACGACGUUAUUAUAUAUAAAAUAUACAGUAUAUACGUAAAUUAGUAUGUGUAAAAAGGAGCGCCGUCAGCAACAUCCGAUUUUUGUUUACCAACGCCACAUAUCGUUUCUCUUGUCGUGCAAAUACAACGAGAUUAUGUUUCAUA